ACAAACAUGUAAAUGCUCAAACAAUUCUAUGUAUUUGGAUGAUAGCAUCACUUUUGUCAGGAAGUCGAUUAAUGAAAGGGGUACUUGAGAAUAUGGACCAUGAAGACAAAAAGGCGUUUGAAGCCAACGCCCGAGUUUUCUCUGGAGGUCUAAAUAAACAACAAAUCAUCGAUUACUACAAUAAUUGGGAAGAUUACGAAAUGCACCUGCAGCCUGGUAGGUACAAUGGACCACUGUAUGCUGCUGAAGCCGCUGACCGAAGCUUUCUAAGCAGCAAAGAUACGAUUCAAAUCAUAGACGUGGCAGCAGGCACGGGCUUGGUAGCUGAAGAGUUGGUCAAGAAAGGUUUCAAACAAAUACAUGCUUUGGAUCCAAGUGAAAACAUGCUUCAAAAGGCACGGAUGAAAAACAUCUACCAGAAGUUUUUCUGUGAAUUUCUUGAUGAAGAGCCAUCUCCAAACAUCAGUAACGGUACAUAUUCAUGUGUCGUUUGUUCGGGAGGGUUUGGAAGUGGCCAUAUACCUUCAGGUGCACUACUAGAACUGAUCCGAAUCACAAAACCAGGUGGAAUGAUAAUUAUCGUGAUGAGGGAAGAAUACUUAGAUAUAGAAGAGUACCGCGACAGCCUGGAACCUCUGAUGGAGAAAUAUCAAAAGGACGGACUCUGGGUGUGUGUAGAGAGAUCCAUUGUCCAUAAGUAUUUCUGUGACAAAACAGGAGUCAUUUCCCGCUUCCAAGUCAAACACAAUUCUAAGUGAAGACCAGCACCAGGAAUCGGCCUUUUACAGAUACUCUGAAAUUAUUAUUUCAAAAAUACUAAAGAAAUAAAUUUAAAGCAUGCC